UACUAGGUUGAACACAGCCUUGCGCCGACUUCUUGUGGCAAUUUGAGCUCCCCUGAGCAAGCUUCCUAACGGCCGAUUAUUGUGCAAGUGACUCGACUCCCCCUCGUCCCCCCCCCCCAAUAUCCCCUCGAGCCCUCCUCUCCCUCCUCUCCUUCCCGCUGUUGACUGUCAUCGUCCAAGCCACAUCCUCCUGUGUCCGUCCUCCACCGGACUUUCGUCCUCUCUCUAAUAAAUACUCCUCACGCCACGCCACCCCAUAACUGUCUUCACAACAAAUUGCGAGUUGGUCGUGCUACUCAAUCAACUCUUCAUACUUCUGCUCUCUUUCUCUUCUGACCUUUUUCUUCCGAAUCCUCCACGGUCCAGAGCAGCGAAACGAAGAUCCCUCAAGACGAUCUCUCAUCCACCAAAGAGCUAAUCCGGCAUACAGACCGCCGAUCCUAAAACCCUGGAAUCCAAAACUACACAGCCCUUCGAGCUUCCUUACCGUCGUCUGCCUUCCAGUCCCUCCUUUCGCCGCACCCUUCGAGCGUCAUCAGUCCAGCCGCAAGUCAGGACAACCAAACACCUCCCAACUCUCCGCCCAGCUUCCCUUUCCUUCUCUUGACACAACCCCAUCACAACCUCAUAAACCAUUCAAUAAAGCCACACGAAUAAAAUUGGUCGACUCGAGCAUGGUCGCAGUAUACACAUGAUCACAAUGGAUUCCCGAAGACGAUAAAGAUCACACUUACCACGGCGUUGGAUAUCAAAAUCGACUCUCCUCGUGCAGACGACUGAAACUCCCACGAUGGUAACGAAGACCUCUACAAGACCGCCACCGCGGUCAGCACACUCCCAUUCACAUUCACAAUCGAGUCGGACCUCUUCGAAAUCCACUACAACCCCUUCAAACUCACUACCUCGAGUUGCUGCGUCAGUGGGCCAGGCAUACCCUCCAAGCAACCCGCCUUUCCUUCGAUCUCCCGCAAUCCAUAAUGACGUCCGCACACCGAGUCCAAAUUAUUUUGGCCUCAUUGUUGACCCCGCCAGUGAUCCACGAGACUCUGGCGCAGGCCCUAAGGACAAUUGGAGCCCUCCUUCGUCAUCGAUCCGCUCAUUUGGAGCAGCAUCACCAAGACAUCUUCCAUUAGAUGCGAACCCAGACUUUGCAGCUUUCAGAAGACAAACAGAAGGGGCUAAUGCUUUCAACCUGGGCCACGGGAAUUUAUCACACUUUGCAUCAACACCAAGCGCACACUUACGUCAGAAGCCGGAGAGACGGCCAACAAGAUCUGAUACACAGGAUAAUACAUCCCCCAAAUCAAGACCGCAACCUAGGCAUGAUAAGCCAGAGAGAAUGGACCUUGACGGGGGACCUUCGUUGAAUGCCCCUUCGUUCUUCGACAUCCCCCGGCAACAGUCCCCGGCGCCUAUGAACGAGCAUAAUUCUCCUCUGCAACGUAAUGUUCUCUCAAAUCUAGAUGAUAGGCACCCCCGCCUCUCUUUACCACAAAACAAAGCGGAUCCCCCGUCACCACAAUUGAAACUGCAGCAGCGGACAAGCCACCACAGAGCUGAUACUCUUCCAUCAUCAUUAGAAGAUGGUCCUGCGCUGAUCUCACCAGCUCAGCUGAGAGACAUGGUGGAACGAAUGCCUCCGUCACAGUUUCUGUUAUUGGAUCUUCGAGUUUUCCCACAGUUUUCCCAGUCGAGAAUUCAUGGUGCUCUGAACUUGUGCAUUCCCACGACACUCUUGAAGCGACCAUCAUUUAACCUUCAGAAACUGCAGGAUACAUUUACAAAUGACAGCGAGAAGGCCAGAUUUGCCGAAUGGAAGAAAGCCAAGUAUAUUGUUGUGUAUGACGCUUUCUCUUCCGAAAAGAAGGAUGCUGUCUCCGCGGUCAAUACACUGAAGAAAUUUUCAAAUGAAGGUUGGAAGGGAAACUCAUAUAUCGUUCGGGGCGGUUUCGCGGAUUUUGCGAAGAGUUUCCCACAUCUUCUUGACAACCGCUCUAGCCAAGAGAUGCAGUCAUCCAAGAUCAGUCUUUCCCUAGGUACCUCGGGUCCUGAUGUAGCUCCUGUUGCUGGUGGUUGCGUUAUGCCAGCAACAAAGAACGCUGCAAAUCCAUUUUUCAGCAACAUUCGUCAAAAUCAAGAUCUCAUUGGUGGCGUAGGUCAAAUGGAUGUGAAGGUACCGGAUGAAAUCGGUCCUGAACUCAAGACACUUGCCCCUCGAUGGCUCACCAAAGCCUGCGAAAAGGAAGACCACGGCAAGAUAGUUUCUGAUAAGUUUUUGCGUCUAGAACUGGCAGAACAGUCUCGAAUGACCAAGGCACUCUCUUCGGGUGUGUCUUGGGGGACACCAGCUCCAGGGUCUAAGGAUGUUCAGAUUGCUGGUAUCGAAAAGGGUGGUAAGAACCGGUACAAUAACAUCUGGCCUUUCGAGCACGCUAGAGUUAAGAUACAGGGACGUCCGGAGGGGGCUUGUGAUUAUGUCAAUGCAAGCCACAUCAAGUCGUCGCGAAGCAACAAACAAUAUAUCGCAUCGCAAGGCCCCCUUCCUGCUACGUUUGAGGACUUCUGGAGUGUUAUCUGGGACCAAGACGUCAGAGUAAUCGUGAUGCUCACAGCCGAGUCUGAAGGUGGUCAACUCAAGUGUCAUCCUUACUGGUCAGGCAAGGAAUAUGGCCCACUGAAGCUGAAGGCCCUUUCAGAGAAAAAGGUCGCUUUGUCGCACAGCAGAAGCCGUUCACCCAAAGAUAGCCGCGAUUCCGGUCGUAGACGAGCAAAUACCACUGCCGAGACAGCACCACCACCUCCCCCAACAGAAACGCCCCAUGCCAUCAUACGGAAAUUCACAUUGUCCCAUUCCGCCCACCCGUUCUCUCCCAUGCGGGAAAUCACGCAGGUGCAUUACUCAUCAUGGCCAGACUUCGGAGCCCCUGCAAGUCCAGGCCAGCUAUUGGGUCUAGUUGAGCUUAGCAAUGUUAUACAGCGAGCCUCUACAGCACCGACAGAAUCGACCCGCUCCGAUGAUCCAGAAUCUGGGGAGACAUCCAGGCCAAUGCUUGUUCAUUGCAGUGCUGGUUGUGGACGCACAGGCACAUUCUGUACGAUUGACACAGUUAUUGACAUGCUCAAGCGUCAGCGGAAAGAGGCCAAGAGCGGAGUCACUCCCAUGGAUAUCGGUUCUUCGGGUGGAGAUUACAUGAGUUCAAGGGGCGUAUCGGGAGACUGGGUUUUCGACCAAGAUAUAGAUCUUGUAGAGAAGACGGUUGAGGAUUUCCGAGGCCAGAGACUAAGCAUGGUUCAGAGUCUGCGGCAAUACGUUCUAUGCUACGAAACAGUACUAGAAUGGCUUUCACAGCAACAUUUCGGAACAGGAAGGACUGGCCGCGAUCGCAGUGGGAGCGAUAGUGGAUUCGAAAGGAGAAGUUCGUGAAGUAAUUCUGGCCACUUCAUCUAUACGGAAGGUUGUUUCAUGAACAUACGGUGGGAAAGAGCAAGCAAUCGGAACGCAAAUACAAAACUGCGUACACAAAAACUCAAUUCAAGUAUUGCAUAUUGGCAUAGAUUGGCGCGCAACACGCAUUACAAGCGAACAGACGGGACGGGGCAGGAUGUGCGGAAAUGAGAGACGGGGCUUACGAAUGCAUCAUGAUAAUGAGUUUCUGGAUUUCGAGCGGUUGGCAAGCGAGGCAUGGCGUGGUGAAGUUGGGCAUACAUACAGCAUUCUUGCAUGGCGAUGGUGUUUGGGAGUCUUCUUUUUUAUUGAUUUUGGCCUCUCCGGAAGGAAAGUGGUGUGUGUGUGGCUUGAGUGCUUUGUUUACAUGCGGGAUCGGAAGCGAGAGCGGCGGGGGAUGCUGGGUAUGGGUCAUUAGAUACAUGAGUGUGCCAUUGAUGGGUGGCCCAUGAGAAUCGAGAAUGAAAUAAGAAAUAAGCACAAUCCAACAAACUUGAUCUCCGUUAUGCUGUCCUACCACCCUCUUCUCCCUUGGGUCUUCACUCUCGCUCUUCCGGGUAAUAGAGCAUCGGGAGAAGCCACGUCGUUGACCUUGGCACAUCGAUGCCUAGCCCUAGCUGAUCGACAGGCAACAUCUUAAGCCGCACAUUCAAGUUGUACAUUCAACUCGUAAAAUCACUACCUCAAUCACUAGAGAUCCAUCACGUUAUCAAAUCGAUGCAAGUCCCGUGCACCUGGCUUACCAAGUCUUUAUCGCCGCUCUCGUUUCUAUGGCAUCUUUUACGUCCGCGGCGUAGACCUUUCGGUCACCGUUCUCGAGGUAUCAAUGAAUCCAGCCGAUCCGUACUUUUCGAGUGUUCCUGUCGAGAUACAUCUGCACAUUCUCAAGCUUCUUCCUGCCUUGCCAUCUCUCCACAAUCUUAACAAAAGCUCGCCUUCUGUCUUCCCAGUAUUUGAAGAGUACGGCGCCGAAAUCACAGAGACUAUCAUAUCUCACAGCAUACCUACCCGCGCAGUUCCAAAAUUUGAUCUGUAUUGUUAUCCUGGUCCGAUUAAACUUGAUCCCCUCGCUGUCGCUGGAGGACUUCACGGCUGUGUUUCUGCGACGUGAUGGUUACUUACUGUUCAAACUACGUCAACGGUCCUACAAUUUUCCAGGUGUAUCCCAACGAACCGAGGGGAAGCUCCUGAUUCUCCUCAGAACACAAGCUGAUCUGACUUCCCAAUAUGGAGAGAGGUUGCAGAGUUAUAUACUCAGAACUUGAAACACGUCGUCAGGACAGCUACAAGUAAUAGUCAAACGGUAUUCAGUACGCUUAACCCGGUCAAGGACAGUAGGAAGAAAUUGGGAAAUUGGGAUGAUUGAGUGACUUUCAUAUAAACUGGUGUGGCAAGGGGUACCAGCUGAUCAAGACACGGACAAAGAUAACUCGCCUAAGACAGCGAUAUUUACUAGCUCUUGCUGAGCCAUAAAAUUCAACUCGGAAUAAACACAGUCUCUAGAGCGAGCGUCUGGGCAGGGAGACCCGAACAUUGACAGUUUACAAAAACGUGGGAUCCUGACUUGCACA